AUGAUGUUUGGUAUUAUAUUCGCCUUUUGGCGUUUCCUUCAAAUAAUCACACUGAUCCCAACUAUGGGCAUGCUUGCUUCCUUUGUCAACUUGUAUGCAAGUAACAACGCUCUAACCCCAACAUACGUGCUCUGUUUAUUCAUUGUAUCGGUUCUUGCGCUUGCCUGGGCUAUUGCAACUCUUUUCACCUAUCAUCGUUCAUCCGCAAACUCACGCUUCGUCGCAAUAAUCGAUCUCUUCUUCCUUGGAGCUUUCAUUGCUGCGGUGUACGCACUACGCGGUAUUGCGAAGCAAAAUUGCACAUCAGUUACCACAAAAUCAUCCUACCAAAUAUCUCUUGGCGUUGUUGGAAAGGCUACCCUUAAUCGACUCAACUUCAAGGCUAAUCGACAGUGCUCAAUGCUUAAGGCGUCGUUUGCGUUUGGUAUAAUGAAUUGUAUAUUUUUCGCCAUCACUAGCGUUCUGGCAGCUUUAAUUGGUGAAACCAGCUCGGAUGGUGACAACUACCCCAGAGAGACUCCGUCUCGGCGACACUCACGCCACCGAUCUCAACACCGUCGAAGUUCUAGGAGGUCAGAGUACGUCUAG